GACACGGAUUCAUUAAACCAGGUGAAACCAAUCCUGGAUAGGUGCGCGCUCACGGCUCACUCAAAUAGACCCCGCCACAGAUCACAGAUUAACUGAUUUACCAUGGCAACUAGAGCCGCGUACUUUUCCCCGUCGGAAGCACAAAUCCUCAUGGAGGCAUACGAGGAGGUAAAAGAUAUAAUUAAGAAGAAAGGCAACACCGCCACAGUGAUAAAGCAAAGAGAAAAAGCGUGGCAAAGUAUUGCAGACCGCCUGAAUGCAUUAAACAUGAACGGGCCAAAACGGGCAUGGCAGCAGGUCAAAAUCAAAUACAAGAACAUUCUGCAGAAUGCAGUGAAAAAGAAUACCCACAGACAAGGCACGGGUGGUGGGUCACCAAAGGCUGACCUUACCCCAGCAGAGGACAUGGCCUUGGAGCUAAAUAAAGGCAGGCCCGUCUUAGAGGGGAUCCCUGGGGGGAAAGAGACGAGCAUAGGUUCCUCCCAAGAUGCCACCCGCUUCAUUCAAGUGUCUGGCAGCACUGUGUUCCUGUUAGAGCCACCAGCACAAGCACCAGAUGAUGCUGAUCCAGGUGAAGGCCCCAGUGCAGCAGCAACAGCACAUGAUGGAGACGAUGAUGAUGAUGAGGAGGAGACCAUCUCUCUGGAUUCCAGAAGGCAUGAGGACCCAGAUGCUAUACAGUGGGAAAACCAGCCUGGCAACAUAAGCUCACAAGCUAUCAGAAAGUUGUAUGGCAACCACCUCCGGCGCCAAAUAGAACUGGCAGACAUAGACAUUCAGUACAAGAAGAAAAAGAUGGAAAAUCUUGCACUGGAGUCCGAAAUAAAAAAGAGGACAAUUAGGAAACUGGACCUUGAAAUAAAAAAACUUGAGAGGGAGGUGAGAUAUGCCUUCAAUGUACACUGUAUGCUAACUGUAACACAAAUGUAUUAAUCAUUAUUUGUAUUUCCUCCCCCAGCUCCAAGAAGAUGACACAGCUCAAAAUAAAAAUUAGGUAUAUUCUCGUAAAGUCAAGUGAGCCAUGACAUAUGAGCUCUUAUUGUGAGCACACAGGACGGUGGCAUCUUUCUAAGGUUUUUUUUAUUUUCCCAGCAAUCAGUACAACCAAGUCAUCGUUAUAAGGUAUCGCCCUCUUUUGCCCACCCCCCCAGCACCAGGUGUGGCCACUAGCCUAUAUGAAGGCCCAAAAUUGUGUGUUCCUUUCUGCUCUGACAAUGGCAUGCCCAUUCGUGCGAGACGUGGUGGAUGAAGAAGCACUUGUGCUGAGGAGAGCCUUCAGGCGAGA